GGCGGCGGUUUUUGCGGCCGAUACUGUACUCAUCGUGGUUGACGUGGCCAUUGCUGCUAUCGCUUUUCUUCAGUUAUUGAGAAUUCACGGCAGAAGUUUUGGUUGGACACGCCAAAUGGUAUUUCAUCUCAUGAUCGGAUCAUACAAUGUUGGAUACGUCAUAUAUUUUAUAUGUUCUCUUGUGGCUGCAUGUCAAAGGUGGAGAUGCUGGUCACAUGGUUGUGGAUUUAUCCUCAUGGCUUAUCCUCAAAUUUUUCUUCUAGCCACAUUUCUUCUACUUCUAUCGUUCUGGACCGAUCUUUGCCAUCAAGCUAGUGAUGAUGAAGAAGAAGAUGAUGAUACAAGUAUUUCGCAAUCUUUAUUGGAGAAAUCAAACACUCAACCACGUUUAGUGCAUGCUCAAAUUAGAUGUUGCUCAUUUGCUGAAGUUCGUAUUGGGAGUCGACAGAAGUAUGUCAUCUUGGUGAUUGUACUUACAUUUCUUUUCAUGGCUGCAAUGGCUCUGCUUUUAUGGUUUGGUAGAGGCAAAAAUCCUAUUGACUCCUCACUUAUGCUCCAGGUUUAUCUUUAUGUUUUCUCUGCAUUUAUUAUCAUAUUGGGAAUAGCAUUGGCAUUCUAUGGAGGCAUACUAUUUUCAAAAAUGCGCAAGGUACGUUCAGAGAUGACCUCAACUGAAAUGUGGAAGGUUGCAAGUUUGGCGGCUGUUUCUCUUGUAUGCUUCACAUCAAGCUCAGCACUUGCCCUUGCCACAAGCGUCCAUAUGCUUUCUUUUGGACAUAAUGAUAAUUUCAACUACAUAACCGGUUCAGUAUUUGUAUGUUUGUACUUUAUUGUAGGCUCUUCAGUGCCAUCAAGCUGCGUGUUAUGGUCCAUGCGAGAAAUGCCUUCUCGCCAUGUUGCGGAGGAACCGCCUCAAUCAAGAGUUAUAACUAUUGUAAGGGACGGCCCAGCAGCCCCACCUAAUCCUCAGUGGAGAACAGCCGUUACGAACUCUCAAAAUAGGGCCUUGAAAGUCAGUCCCAUAUAGAAAGAUCAUUUUCCGUAGGCCUAACCAUGUGGUGUAGAUGGAAGAAAAUGCUUGAAAUUAUACAUGUAAAAUUGGAUGUGAAGGUGUGAGCAUGAUAAAAGUUCCGAGGAUUGGAAAUUUCGACGAGAAUGAAAGAAGAGGGCUGUUUCUGCUGCAAUUUCAAUUUCCUCUGCUGAAUUUGCUCUCUGAUGCUUACAAGUACUUGCCAUCUUGUUGAAAUUAUGCUUGUAACAUCACCCUUUUAAAUUAUAUUUACUGAUUAUUGAUCAUCUUAUGUUAUAUGUGCUCCUUCGAUGUAGUUAGUAUAAUUUAGUUCUGAAAUCUUUGCUUUUAGCGCUUCAAAUAAUGUGCAGAAUGUUUGAAGU